CCUGUCUGUUCAAAUAUAAUAAUAGUGAUGAAAGAGAAAAGUAUGCUAAAAGCUGGCUAUAAAUAAUACCAUCCUCUAGGGUUAGGGCUUUCAAUGCUUCAUCAACACUAAAACUAAACACAUAAAAAAAAAAAUCUACACUUAUCUCUCUCCACCCCACCUUCCUCUUCCUUCAACCAUUUGCUUGCUUCUCUUCCCUAAAUCCAUCAAUUCCUUCUUACUAAUACCAAAUUCAGCAAUUAACCAUAUCAUCCGAUCAUGAGGAAGAGGCAAGUCGUGAUUAGGAGGUCGUCGGCAGAGGCGCCGUCGUCGAGGAGCAGUAGCACGGCAGACAACAACUCGUCGUCGGUGUCUAGCUACACGGUGAGGAGCGUGAGGUACGGCGAGUGCCAGAAGAACCACGCGGCCAACGUCGGCGGGUACGCCGUGGACGGCUGCCGGGAGUUCAUGGCUAGCAAUGGUGAGGAAGGGACGACGGCGGCUCUGACGUGCGCCGCCUGUGGCUGCCACAGGAACUUCCACCGGAGGGAAGUAGACACGGAGGUUGUCUGUGAUUGUUCUUCCCCUACUUCUCGUAUCGGUUGAGUUCAUUAUGGUAUUGAGUCGAUCGAGCAGCUAUGUGAUGGUGAUCAGGUUAAUUGUGAGCUAGGUUUUUUGUGUGUUUCUUGUGAGUUGUAAUUUUCCAAUCUUCAUGACGGUUAGACAUCAAAUUUACCUUAGAUCGUGAAUUAGGAUUGGACAAGAUUUAUUCUUCAAAGUGUUUUCAAAGAUGGAGGUAUGUAUUUCUGUCUUCUCGAUAUUUGGUUUAGGUUAUUAUAUAUGUAGAUGCAUAUAUGUCGAGGGAAAAUUGGGAACGAGAUGACAAAAAGCUAUCAACCCUUUUGCUCCUAAAUCAAGUUGAUUUGAUAUCGUGAAUUUAUGUUGUUGGAAUUUCAUACUUUUAUCCUAGUCUAAAUUUUCAUUUUGUCAAUAUGAUGGAUCCUUACGAUUUGAGUUAUCAUGCUCAUCAAUCUUCAUGAUGGUGGUCAGGUGGUGUGGAUAUCAAUUUUUCCGUAAUUCGGUCACGAAUUGAUAAAUGAUGAGGAUUGUAUAAGAUCUAUAAUUAAUAUGUCUUUAGAAGUGCAAGGAUGGACAGUUGAGGCUAUCAACCCUCCAGUUCCAUCAAGAUCCACGACUUGUUCGAUUCGAUUAACCAACCUUGCUAUUGUAGCCUUCCUAUAUAUCUCCAUUUAUAUGAGCUUAAUCAUAAGAUUCUCCAUCUCUUUCAAGUAAUCUUCCACACUCGCCAAACCUUGCCUCAAAUAAUGAAGAGCUUGGAUGAAGCUCGUGUAGAUGAUGAAUAGGCAUAAAUCUCUUCUUCAUAACAACCGUCAUCUCAUGGCAAGUUGUUAUGGGUUCUUCCUUACACAAUCUUCUUGCAGAACACAAUUUAUCCCACCAAAUAAUUGCCUAAUCUGAAAACUCGGAGGGCGAUUAUGGUGACUUCAUUCUUGACCAAGUACUCAUAGCACUCGGAACAAGUAUUUCAUUUUUCAUCUCUAAAGAGAUAAUUAAGCUUAUGGAUCACUCCUUCCUUGGAAUAUGAAAGAACUUCCACUUCAAUAUUCACAUAUAUAUCAUAAUCUCUUCGUCGUGGGGUUCCUCCUCUUCAUUAUACUCCAUUUUCAUGAUCAAUUCCUCCCACCACAACUUGGGCAAUUGUUGUCGACAACAAGAAUAUUCCGAGGAAAGUGAUGAUGGGUUCGACAUAUGAAAUGGUACUCCGAUGUAGUUUCUUGUCAUUGCCUUGUAUUUUGUGAUUCAUGAGUGGCUGCCCAACAUGGUUGUGUCGCUGUGUUUUGUUAGGUAAUUGAUCAAUUAAAGAAACAAUGGCAAAAUAACAACUGGAAUUAUCAAGAACACAAUUAAAAUUGUGUAUCUUGAUUCAACUAUCAUUAUGGUUUAGUCGAUAAGUGUUUGGUCUGGUCGAAAUUUAUCUUGUAUCAGCGAUCGGAUGCUCAUAAUGGUGAAUUAAGCUAAGUAAGACCA